CUACACACAUGUCUACUCACCCCAGGCUAACAAACCUGACAAGCAGGAGCAUCCUACCAUGCUGAAACAGAAAAUGAGGCCUGUUGGAGAAGGAGAGGCCAUGGGUCCACCUAAGAAAAGUUACACUCUGGACAUGGUGCCAAAUAAAUCUCUUGAAGCUUCUGCUGAGGCGAAGGGAGAAGGCACUAUUGUCAGCCAGAAGGCCCAGGUGGGGAUGAUGCAGGAUGAUCCUGGAGUCUACGCACAAAACUGUGCCCCAAACCAGCUUACACCUGUGGCAGGAGAUGCUAUUCUCCCUAGUCCACAAGACUCUCUCCCUGAAGACUCUCUUCAUCGCAAGGAUGGUGACAAUGACACAGUUGCAGGGGGAAGUGUUAGCAGUGACAGCUCUGCAAGUGCUGCCAAGCCUCCAGCAACGUCUUCAUCAGAAGCUCGGCCCUAUGUGUCCUCACUGAGACCAAAUUUGACCAAUUAUGAAAUAAAACGUGCCCUGAUGACAGAAAUCCGACGCUUUGGACGAAAAUAUGGAAGGCUUUUCAAGAUCCUUGAAGAAGUGCAAGGACCUCUGGAAGUCAGGAUCCAGUUUGUCGAGUUCUCCAUCAAGGAGGCGGCAAGGUUUAAAAGACGCCAUCUAAUACAGUAUCUUGAGAAGAUACUGGAAAAAUUAAAGUCAGAAAGAUCUCUCAACAACGAUGAGUGAUCUACACCCAAGAGUGUGAUUCUGCUAUUACAGUGGUCAGCAAGAUUCAGCAAAUAGUUUAGAGUGACUACAAUGUAGUAGGAGGAUGCUGAGACCUCCUAGUGUGUGUAAGCUAGAAUAAUUACCCCUGAGAAAACUGUCUUAAACUACUCAAUAAAUAACAAGCUUUUACCCUAUGUGUUUUAUUUGAAA